AUGUCGGUAUUAAAGGUUGCAAAAGCCCUGCGGGAAGGCGAGGCCGCCAACCUGCUUAACGCGACCAUGAAAUUUGUACAAAUGCGUGAGUGUCUGCUCAACCGAAAGUGGCAGACUUUUCUUGCCGCCAGCCUAACCACUCUACUCGGCGGAGUCUUCGUCAUCUUGGGCUAUCGAGCCUUCACCCAACUCCUGGCAGCUUGGCAUGCCAAACGGCAGCGCAAACGCUGGUUGCAGUGGUUUCGGCAGGCCGGAUAUCACCACCAACAGGACCAACAGCUGCUCAACCGGUUGACGCAAGUCGAGGCGAGCGGAUACAGCGGCGCGUCGGAGGCCGAGCCUCGCAGCCAGACACCGCGUCUGGCCGGUCUUCUGGCCAGACGGGCAACGGUUGAGUCGAUGUCGAGUGUCUCACUCGCCUCCACCCACGGCGAUCCGUCGACCGCGGACACCGGAGUCGACGAUGUCACGAUCAUUGAAGCGCAGGUUCCGCUGCACGAGGAGAUCGCUGUCCACAUCCUCAAGGCGUUCCGUCAAUUCUUCUACAAGGUAGGUCCGACCAGACCCAUUGAAUGCGGCCUGAGGCAAGCCGGCAGACUCAUCGGGGCUUUGUGGACUUCUGUGAAGGCAAACAGAAGCAAUGGUUUGACAUCGUUUUGGCAACUUGCUCGUGCCGUGAGAACGACCUCAAAUCACAUUGUAGUCCAUUGCUAG